AUGAAAGUAAGUCCAGUUUUACUAAUUACUGUUCUACCCAUUUUCUUUGUUCCUCUUUUUGUAGCCAACAGCUGUAAGUCAUAUUCAGAAGGUAGCUGUGGAAGAAAUGAUUGCAGAACAGAGCAAGACAAGACCAGUGUGGCCUUUUACUCAAUCAUCUCGAAAAACUUUGCUCUCCCGCCUGUUGGCAGGACGUUUGUCUAUGACAUAGUGGUAACUAAUAACGGGAAUGGGUAUAGCAAGAAAACAGGGAUUUUCACCGCCCCGCAUCCCGGAGUGUAUGUAUUUUCCUGGACUCUUGUAGCGGCUGGGCAACAUGUUGCAGGAACCAAGGGUGAUUUUGGGGAAAUAACAACUCAUAUACUACAGAAUGAUGUAAUAAGGGGAACUCUUCAUACUGAUACUGAAAAACAGGGGGAUGACGGAACAUCGACAGGAUUUGUUAUACUGAACCUGGAAAAGGACGACGCCGUCAAAAUAUCUAGUGCCCGCUGGAACGGACAAGGGUCUGCUUAUAGCAAUGAAGAUAAUGGCAGAUGGUCAUUUUCUGGUUUUAAAAUUGCAUAAUAUUGUUGUUUUACUGAAUAAGAAAU